AUGUCUACAGCAUAUAAAAACAGAAUACAGGAGUUUAAAGGAGCACUGGGUGAAGGAAACAUAAAUCUGAAGACCUUACGAGAGUUAUGCUUCAAUGGAAUCCCAUUUGAAGGAGGAAUACGGGCUCUUUGUUGGAAAAUUCUUCUCAACUACCUCCCUCUUGAUCAGACAGAAUGGGAGUCUUUCUUAAAGAAACAAAGGGAGGUAUACUCGCAGUUUUUAAAGGAAAUGAUAAUUCAACCUGGUAUUGCUAAAGCAAAUUUGGGUCUUUCCAGAGAGGAUGUGACAUUAGAGGACCAUCCGUUGAAUCCAAACCCAGACAGCAGGUGGAAUACCUACUUCAGAGAUAAUGAGAUACUACUUCAGAUUGACAAGGACGUAAGGCGGCUGUAUCCUGACAUGGCAUUUUUUCAGCGGCCUACUGACUACCCGUGCCAACUUAUAUUAGAUCCUCAAAAUGAUUAUGAGACACUUCGGCGACGAGUUGAGCAAACCACCUUAAAAGCACAAACAGUAAAUCGCAACCGCAGUGGAGUCACAAAUGUAAGCUCUCCUGGAAAAACUUUGAACCUAUAUCCAUCCAAUGAGUAUGAGGUGUUACCCAAUGGAAUUGAGGCGCAUUGGGAGGUUGUGGAGCGAAUCCUGUUCAUUUACGCCAAGUUGAACCCUGGCAUUGCUUAUGUACAGGGCAUGAAUGAGAUUGUUGGCCCAAUUUAUUACACUUUUGCAACGGACCCGAAUGACCAGUGGAAAGAGCAUGCCGAAGCAGACACCUUCUUCUGUUUCACAAACCUGAUGUCAGAGAACAGAGACAACUUCAUCAAGAGCUUGGAUGAUUCCCAGUGUGGCAUCACCUACAAGAUGGAGAGUGUCUACUCAAUGCUCAAAGAGAAAGAUGAAGAACUCUAUCUGAAACUGGAGUUUCUUCUUCCAGAUGUCAUUCGAAUUUGGGACACUCUGUUCUCGGAUCUUGACCGUUUUCAUUUCCUGAUUGUUGUCUGCUGUGCUAUGCUCAUACUCAUCAGAAAAAACUUGCUUUCAGGAGACUUUACUGUGAAUAUGAGGUCGUUACAGGAUUAUCCAAUCUCUGAUGGUUUUUUUUUAGUGUGUUUGUUUGUGGUGUUGGUUGUUUGGUUGAGUUGGGGUGAUGGGGGGGUGUUGUUUUGUGAGAGGAAGGGGGGGGUGGGGUUGGUCGGGGGUUGGGGGGCGGGGAGGGGGGGGGGGGGCGGGGAGGGGGGGGGUGGUGGAGAGCGCGGGGGGGUGGGGUGCUCGGCUGUUGGGUGGUGA